AUGUGCACUGAUCAACACACAGAAAAAGAAGCUGGCUAGAGUUAAGAUGGCGGCAUGUCUGUGAUGAACCUGGGAUCUGAGUCGAGGUUUUUCGCCAUUACACGAUUGCUAUAAAAUCCACACACACAGAUACAUCGACAGAACAACAGAUUCCACUUUUUUUAACAGACGAGUCGGUGAUUUUUGAUUGACCCCAUGACAUCUAUACACUUCGUGGUUCACCCGUUGCCCGGGACCGAGGAUCAGCUCAAUGACAGGCUCCGUGAGGUCUCAGAGAAACUCAACAAAUACAGCUUUAAUAGUCAUCCACAUCUUGGUCUUUUGGAGCAGGAAACCUUAAAACAGUGUGUCGUGGGUCCCAACCAUGCUGGAUUUCUCCUUGAGGAUGGACGUGUGUGUAGAAUCAGUUUUGCUGUCCAGCCUGAUCGCCUGGAGCUCAGCAAACCGGAUAGCAGUGAUGGUUCAAAGUUGAGCAGUGGUUCAGGGACAGGAAGGAGCUCCAGGCCAGGCAGGACUAGUGAUCCGCCCUGGUUCCUGUCUGGCUCUGACACACUUGGCCGACUGGCAGGCAACACCCUUGGGAGUCGCUGGAGCUCUGGUGUGAAUGGAGGCGGCGGAGUGGGAAGUGGAGGUGGAGCAGGGGGAAGCGGAGCGGGAAGCGGCAGCAGUGGAGGAGGCGGAGGGGGUGGAGGAGGUGGCGGAGGAGGUAGUGGCGGAGGUGGAGGCACAUCAGGAAGGUCUUCAACUGCAGCUCGUGACUCCCGUAGACAGACCCGGGUGAUCCGUACGGGAAGGGAUCGUGGAUCUGGUCUUCUAGGUAGUCAGCCUCAGCCAGUCAUACCAGCUUCUGUCAUCCCUGAAGAGCUAAUUACUCAGGCACAGGUUGUUCUUCAGGGGAAGUCCAGGAGUGUUAUCAUAAGGGAACUCCAAAGGACCAACCUGGAUGUCAACCUUGCAGUCAACAACCUGCUGAGUCGAGAUGACGAAGAUGGAGAUGAUGGCGAUGACACCGCCAGCGAAUCUUACCUCCCUGGAGAGGACCUGAUGUCCCUGUUGGACGCAGACAUUCACUCAGCUCAUCCCAGCGUGAUCAUUGACGCCGAUGCUAUGUUUUCUGAGGACAUCAGCUACUUUGGUUACCCGUCUUUUAGACGCUCCUCACUGUCUCGCUUGGGAUCUUCCCGAGUUCUCCUUCUUCCCUUAGAGCGAGACUCAGAACUGUUGCGUGAGCGGGAGUCAGUAUUGAGGUUACGUGAGCGCCGGUGGCUUGAUGGGGCCUCAUUUGAAACUGAGAGAGGCUCCACCAGCCGUGAUGGUGAGCCAAGCUUGGACAAGAAGAGCAUCCCAGUCCAGAGCCCUGUUUCCUUGGGAGAGGAGCUUCAGUGGUGGCCUGACAAGGAUGGUGUGAAGUUUGUGAGCAUUGGGGCCAUGUUCUCAGAGCUGGUGGCUGUUAGCUCCAAAGGAGAACUUUAUCAAUGGAAGUGGAGCGAACCUGAGCCCUACAGGAAUGCUCAGAAUCCCUCCAUUCAUCACCCACGUGUGUCCUUCCUCGGCCUGACCAAUGAGAAGAUCACCUUACUGUCUGCCAAUAGCAUCAGAGCCACCGUGGCCACAGAGACCAACAAGGUGGCGACCUGGGUGGAUGACACACUUAGCACCGUGGCCUCUAAGCUGGAGCACAGCGCUCAGGCUUUCCCUGAGCUCCAGGGAGAACGUCUGAUGUCUCUGCAUUGCUGUGCUCUCUACACCUGUGCACAGCUGGAGAAUAGCCUCUUCUGGUGGGGUGUUGUGCCUUUUAGUCAACGGAAGAAGAUGCUUGAAAAGGCCAGGGCCAAAAAUAAAAAGCCAAAGUCUAGUGCCGGCAUCUCCUCAAUACCCAACAUCACUGUCGGGACACAGGUGUGUUUGAGAAAUAACCCCCUCUACCAUGCUGGUGCAGUGGCCUUCUCUGUCAGUGCUGGGAUUCCCAAAGUGGGAGUCCUGUUGGAAUCCGUCUGGAACAUGAAUGACAGCUGCAGAUUCCAGCUACGCUCACCAGAGAGCCUGAAGAACAUGGAGAAGACCACUAAGAUCCAGGAAAUCAAGACGGAAAGCAAACCAGAGCUUGUAAAGACUGAAAUGGGUCCUCCUCCAUCUCCAGCUUCUACCUGCAGUGAUACCUCCUCGAUUGCUAGCAGUGCUUCACUGCCCUAUAAGCGCAGGCGUUCCACCCCGGCUCCGAAAGAGGAAGAGAAGGUGAAUGAGGAGCAGUGGCCUCUAAGGGAGGUGGUAUUUGUGGAGGAUGUUAAAAAUGUCCCUGUCGGAAAGGUGCUCAAGGUGGAUGGUGCGUAUGUUGCUGUCAAGUUUCCAGGAACAUCAAGUAGUGUUAGCAACCAGAACAAUGCUGCUCCCACCGACUCCGACCCCUCUUCACUGUUACAGGACUGCAGGCUCCUCAGAAUAGAUGAGCUCCAGGUGGUCAAAACUGGCGGGACUCCUAAAGUUCCAGACUGUUUCCAACGAACUCCUAAGAAGCUCUGCAUCCCAGAAAAGGCAGAAAUAUUGGCUGUGAACGUUGACUCCAAAGGAGUCCACGCAGUCCUAAAAACUGCCAACUGGGUAAGGUACUGUAUCUUUGACCUCGCCACAGGCAAAACUGAACAAGAGAAUAACUUCCCAACUAGCAACCUGGCCUUCCUCGGGCAGAGUGAGCGCAAUGUGGCCAUCUUUACUGCAGGACAGGAAUCUCCAAUCAUCCUUCGCGAUGGAAAUGGCACAAUCUACCCAAUGGCCAAGGACUGCAUGGGUGGAAUUCGAGACCCUGAUUGGUUGGACCUUCCUCCUAUAAACAGCCUUGGAAUGGGGGUGCACUCUCUUGCAAAUCUGCCCUCCAACUCCACCAUUAAAAAGAAAGCUGCUAUCAUUAUUAUGGCUGUUGAGAAACAAACACUGAUGCAGCACGUUCUUCGUUGCGACUACGAGGCCUGCCGCCAGUACUUGGUGAACCUUGAGCAGGCCUUCCUAUUGGAUCAGGGCAGCCAGGCUCUCGGCGCCAUCUUGGACCAUCGCUGUGAUGGGAAUCGAAACAUCCUCCACACUGCUGUCUCUGUCUGCUUUCCUUUUAGUAACAAAGAGACCAAAGAAGAAGAAGAAGCUGAAAGGUCAGAGAGGAACACGUUUGCAGAGCGUCUGUCUGCUGUGGAGGCGAUUGCAAACGCCAUCUCUGUGGUUUCAAGCAACAGUUCUGGGAACAGGACUGGGUCAUCAAGCAGCAGAGGGCUUCGUCUGAGAGAGAUGAUGCGGCGGUCUUUAAGAGCGGCAGGUCUCGGCCGUCAUGAGUCUGGCCAAGCACCAAGUGACCACCAGGACCCUGUGUCCCCACCCAUUGCCCCACCAAGUUGGGUACCUGACCCCCCACCCAUGGAUCCUGAUGGUGACAUUGACUUCAUUCUAGCACCAGCUGUGGGUUCACUCACCACCGCCUCUACUGGACCUAGCCAGGGACCAAGCACCUCAACCAUCCCAGCAGGUCCAUCCACCGAGUCAUCCGUGGUUGAAUCUAAGGACCGGAAAGCCAACGCCCACCUUAUCCUGAAGCUGAUGUGUGACAGCGUUGUUCUGAGGCCUCACCUCCGAGAGCUACUGUCUGCCAAGGAUGCCCGUGGAAUGACUCCCUUCAUGCUGGCAGUCAGUGGGAGAGCAUAUCCUGCAGCCAUCACUGUGCUGGAGGCUGCUCAGAAAAUGGCUAAGAUGGGUGACCCAAGCAUUGCAGACAAGGAGGACUCAGAUUCAGUGUUCAUGGAGAUGAUUUGCCCCUUGGAGACCAACCCAGACGAUUCACCCCUUUAUGUUCUCUGCUGCAAUGACACCUGCAGUUUCACUUGGACUGGAGCAGAGCACAUCAACCAGGACAUCUUUGAAUGUCGGACCUGCGGCCUGCUUGAGUCCCUCUGCUGUUGCACUGAAUGUGCCAGGGUGUGUCACAAAGGACAUGACUGCAAAUUGAAGAGGACCUCCCCCACAGCGUACUGUGACUGUUGGGAGAAGUGUAAGUGUAAAACACUGAUCGCCGGCCAAAAGGCAGCUCGGUUGGAUCUGCUCUACAGGUUACUCACAACCACCAACCUGGUCACCACGCCAAACAGCAGGGGAGAGCAUGUCUUACUGUUCCUUGUGCAGACUGUUGCCAGGCAGAGUGUUGAGCACUGUCAGUAUAGACCACCACGCAUCAGAGAGGACAGGAACCGCAAGGCUGCUAAUGCAGAAGAAUCUGAUAUGCCGGAUCAUGACUUGGAACCUCCCCGCUUUGCUCAGCUGGCUCUGGAGAGAGUCCUGCAGGACUGGAAUGCCCUAAAGUCUAUGAUCAUGUUUGGUUCUCAGGAAAACAAAGACUUACUUAGUGCCAGUAGCAGAAUUGCUCACCUUCUACCGGAGGAGCAGGUCUACUUGAAUCAACAGAGCGGCAGCAUCCGCCUUGACUGUUUCACCCACUGCCUCAUUGUCAAGUGUGCUCCUGACAUCACUUUCAUUGACACCUUACUAGGUACAUUAGUAAAGGAACUGCAGAACAAGUACAUCCCUGGCCGUCAAGAGGAGGCAGUCAGUGUCACCAGGAGGUUUCUACGCUCAGUGGCCCGGGUUUUUGUCAUCCUCAGCGUUGAGAUGGCCUCAUCCAAGAAAAAAAACAAUUUUAUCCCCCAGCCUAUUGGAAAAUGCCGUCGAGUUUUCCAAGCUCUGUUGCCUUACGCCGUGGAGGAGCUGUGUAACGUUGCAGAGUCUUUGAUUGUUCCAGUUCGAAUGGGUAUAGCGAGACCCACUGCUCCUUUCACCUUGGCCAGCACCAGUAUUGAUGCUGUUCAGGGCAGUGAAGAACUCUUCUCUGUUGAACCGCUUCCUCCCAGACCUUCUCCCGACCAGUCCAGCAGCUCCAGCCAGACAGCUGCCUCUUACAUCAUCAGGAACCCACAGCCCCGACACAGCAGCCAGUCUCAGCCCGUCAGAGGACGAGAUGAGGAGCAGGACGACAUUGUGUCAGCAGAUGUCGAAGAGGUUGAAGUUGUAGAGGGAGUUGCAGGAGAAGAAGACCAUCAUGAUGACCAAGAAGAGCAAGGAGAGGAGAAUGCUGAUGCUGAAGGGCAGCAUGAUGAGCACGAUGAGGAUGGGAGCGACAUGGAGCUGGAUCUGCUGGCGGCAGCUGAAACCGAGAGUGACAGUGAAAGUAACCACAGCAAUCAGGAUAACGCCAGCGGCCGCAGGAGCGUCGUCACAGCAGCAACUGCUGGCUCUGAAGCAGGCAGUAGGGUGUCCUUGGCUUUUCCUAUUUUUGGUGCCAGCAGUGUCCCUGCCUUCUUUUCAGAGGAUGACUCCCAGUCAAAUGACUCCAGCGACUCUGACAGUAGCAGCAGUCAGAGCGACGACGUCGACCAAGAGACGUUCCUUUUGGAUGAGCCUCUGGAAAGGACAACUAGCACUUCACAUAGCAACAGUGCAGCCCAGGCUCCUCGGUCCAUGCAGUGGGCUGUAAGAAACACCCCCAGCCAGAGGGCGACUGGAAAUGCUCCUUCAAGCUCUUCAACACCAGCUGCAAGCUCCACGGGACUGAUAUACAUUGACCCCACCAACCUUCGUCGCUCUAGUGCUAUAAGCUCCAGUGCGGCUGCUGCUGCAGCGGCUCUUGAGGCCAACAACUCUAGUAGCUAUUUGACGUCCGCCAGCAGCCUGGCACGAGCCUACAGUAUUGUCAUCCGGCAGAUCUCAGACCUCAUGAGUCUGAUUCCCAAGUACAACCAUCUGGUCUACUCCCAGUACCCUGCUGCUGUUAAACUCACCUACCAAGAUGCAAUCAACCUACAGAACUAUGUCGAAGAAAAACUGAUUCCCACAUGGAACUGGAUGGUGUCCAUCAUGGAUUCCACCGAAGCCCAGUUGAGAUACGGCUCCGCCCUGUCCUCUGCUGGUGAUCCAGGUCACCCCAGUCACCCUCUCCAUGCCUCCCAGCACUCAGCUCGCAGGGAGCGUGUGACUGCUCGGGAGGAGGCCAGCCUUCGCACUAUUGAAGGUCGCAGGAGAGCAGCGACCCUACUGACGGCUCGCCAUGGCAUGAUGUCUGCACGGGGCGACUUCUUGAAUUAUGCCUUGUCAUUAAUGCGCUCCCACAAUGAUGAGCACUCGGAUGUGCUUCCUGUGCUGGAUGUGUGUUCGCUUAAACAUGUAGCAUACGUUUUCCAGGCUCUUAUCUACUGGAUAAAGGCGAUGAACCAGCAGACCAAUUUGGACAACCCACAAAUGGACAGAAAGAGGAACCGUGAGAUUUUAGAGCUGGGUUUGGACAAUGAGGAUUCUGAACAUGAAAACGAUGAGGACACCAAUCAAAGUUCCACUCUGCAGGACAAGGACGAUGACCCGGUUCCAGCUGAAACGGGUCAGAACCACCCCUUCUUCCGCCGGUCUGACUCCAUGACCUUCCUGGGUUGUAUCCCACCAAACCCCUUUGAUGUUCCUCUGGCUGAAGCCAUCCCACUUGCAGACCAGCCCCAUCUCCUGCAGCCCAAUGCCAGGAAGGAGGAUCUGUUUGGUCGCCCCUCUCAGGGUUUGUACUCUUCCUCCUAUAUGGCCGCCAAAGGCCUGGCUGAAGCAAGCAUAGACAGGAACUGCCUGGAGGUAAACAUGGGCUCCUCUCUACCCUCCCCCUCUCAGAUCCUGCCCACGAAGAUGUCUUACUCAGCCAACCUGAAAAAUGUGAUGAGCAUGGAUACUUCCCCGGGGAACACAAGGAACCAGUCACUCGCAGAGCAGGAGAUGGAAACUUCAAAACAAGGCCCGUCGCCCCAUGACCUCGCCGCUCAGCUGAAGAGCAGCCUUCUCGCCGAGAUCGGCCUCACUGAAAGUGAUGGGCCUCCUCUCCCGUCAUUCAGACCUCAUUGUAGUUUCAUGGGGAUGAUGAUCUCACAUGACAUGCUGCUUGGCCGCUGGCGUCUGUCACUGGAGCUCUUUGGUCGUGUCUUUAUGGAGGAUGUUGGAGCUGAGCCCGGAUCUAUCCUCACGGAGCUCGGUGGCUUUGAGGUAAAGGAAUCUAAGUUCCGUCGUGAGAUGGAGAAGCUUAGGAACCUGCAGUCCCGUGACCUGGCCCUAGAGGUUGACAGGGACCGUGACCAGCUCAUACAGCAGACCAUGCGUCAAUUAAAUACUCACUUUGGAAGGCGCUGCACCACGACACCCAUGGCUGUGCACCGGGUGAAAGUCACCUUCAAAGAUGAACCGGGCGAGGGAAGCGGAGUGGCUCGCAGCUUCUACACAGCCAUUGCCCUUGCCCUCCUCUCCAACGACAAGCUGCCCAAUCUGGACUGCGUUCAGAGUGUCAGCAAGGGCAUGCAGGCCAGCAGUACGUGUCAGCCUGAUCACAAUUCAUAUCUAAUGCAGCGCUUAAGGAACAGGGACAGGGAGCGAGAGAGAAGAAGUGGAGGGCUCCGUGCAGGCUCUCGGAGAGACCGUGACAGAGACUCAAGGAGACAGCUUUCCAUAGACACUAGGCCUUUCAGGCCCUCAUCAGAGGGAAACCCCAGUGAUGAACCUGACCCUCUUCCAGCACACAGGCAAGCCCUGGGUGAAAGGCUCUACCCUCGGGUUCAUGCAAUGCAGCCGGCCUUUGCCAGUAAAAUCACUGGCAUGCUGCUGGAGCUGUCCCCUGCACAGCUGCUGUUGCUGCUGGCUAGUGAAGAUUCUCUCAGAGCAAGAGUGGAGGAGGCCAUGGAGCUUCUCAUUGCACACGGCAGGGAAAAUGGUGCUGACAGCAUACUUGACCUGGGUCUCCUGGAGGCUCCAGAGAAAGCACAACAAGAGAGCCGUAAGCGUCAUGGUUCAACCCGCAGCGUGGUCGACAUGGAGCUGGAUGACCCGGAUGACGGGGAUGACAACGCUCCUCUCUUCUACCAGCCGGGCAAAAGAGGCUUCUACUCCCCUCGUCCCGGCAAGAAUACAGAAGCAAGGCUGAACUGCUUCCGCAACAUUGGCAGAAUACUGGGGUUAUGUCUGCUUCAGAAUGAGCUCUGUCCAAUCACAUUGAACAGACAUGUCAUCAAAGUGCUGCUCGGCAGGAAGGUGAACUGGCAUGACUUUGCAUUCUUUGACCCGGUCAUGUAUGAGAGCUUGCGGCAGCUCAUCCGCCAUUCUCAGGCAGGUGAAGCAGAAGCCGUGUUUGCUGCCAUGGACCUGGCGUUUGCAAUCGACCUCUGCAAAGAGGAGGGAGCUGGACAGGUGGAGCUUCUGUCCGGUGGGGUCAACAUGCCGGUCACUCCUCUGAACGUAUAUGAGUACGUCAGGAAGUACGCCGAGCACAGAAUGCUUGUGGUGGCUGAGCAGCCACUCCAUGCGAUGAGGAAAGGGUUACUGGAUGUUCUCCCGAAGAACGCCCUGGAGGACCUGACAGCAGAAGACUUCAGGCUGCUCGUUAACGGCUGUGGAGAAGUGAAUGUUCAGAUGCUCAUCAGCUUCACCUCCUUCAAUGAUGAAUCUGGGGAGAACGCAGACAAACUGCUGCAGUUUAAACGCUGGUUUUGGUCUAUAGUGGAGAAGAUGAGCAUGACUGAGAGGCAAGACCUGGUAUAUUUCUGGACCUCCAGCCCAUCUCUACCAGCCAGCGAGGAGGGCUUCCAGCCGAUGCCCUCCAUCACCAUAAGGCCUCCAGAUGACCAGCACCUUCCCACAGCCAAUACCUGCAUCUCACGCCUUUACGUGCCACUCUACUCUUCAAAACAGAUACUUAAACAGAAGCUCCUGCUAGCCAUUAAGACCAAGAAUUUUGGUUUUGUGUAGAGGUUUGACAAUUUAAGAAAAUGAAUAAGGAAAACAUGUUUACUGUUGUGAAAUAUUUACCUAGCUUAAUUUUUGUAGAUUCAUUUUCUGUCCCUAUACAGUUUUAUGAAAUUUGAAAUACCGUCGCUAUCUCCCCGGGCUGUAAUAUUUUUUGUGUUUUGAACACAAACACCUUGUUACUUUUAUUUUGAUUUUUGUUGGUUUUUUUUAUGUUAAUGAAGAAGUUUCCAGUCCUCAACAUUCCUCCAUCCGCAUUGUAAAAUAUAAAGCCUACAGCCGUGCUCAAACGGCUUAAAACCUUUGCUUCCCAGAAUGGUGGUUUGACAAAGGGCUGUCAGCCGAAACCCAGCCAAAGAUGACAGCGGUAGAAGUAUUUAAAAAGGAGAGAAGACACACUGUGACUAUAAGUUAUCCCCUUCUCUAAACAAGUACUAUCAUUGACAGUUCACUGCUGCCUUUGUGGAAACUUUGUUUUUGUUGUACAGGGGGAGUAGGGAAUUUCAAAAUAAACUUGGAUGCAAAAAGUA